AUGUAUUUGCUCGAAAUACAGUUCCGGGAUGUGACCAACGAUCAGAGGGGAAUGUCACACUUCAACUGGUCUCUGGAAAGUGGAACCAACUACCACAUUCUUCGCACUGCCUGUUACCCGUAUAUGAAGUACCACUGCAGCAAAAGAGAGGUGCAAGAUCUUUGGCUGGAGGACAAGUUCUUUCGCUUCCUAAAGGUUAUUAAUUUGGGCUUACCAAUGCUCUUCUACGGACUAGCUGCCAUUCGUCUAAUUAGCCACACAGAGAUUGUUCAUGUCAGCGAGACGGAAAAGGUUCCCAUAUAUUUUCUAUAUGCAGAGGACAAAGGUGCCAGCUUUUGAUUUGAGUUGCUUAACAGGCAAAUUUGAAAUGUAAGGAAUAGCCUUCUAGUUUAAAUAUAUUCAUAUUUUCUUAUAGCCAA